CUCUUGGCGUCUGCAAACCGGCGUCGGAAGUGGCGAAGGCGGGGACCGGGUGAAAUCGCCAGCCAGGGAAGAUGCUGCUGGACUUGUCUGAGGAGCAUAAGGAGCAUCUAGCCUUCCUGCCGCAAGUGGACAGCGCGGUGGUCGCCGAGUUUGGGCGGAUUGCAGUGGAGUUCCUGAGGCGAGGUUCGAACCCCAAGAUCUACGAAGGCGCCGCUAGUAAGAAGGGGAGAGGAAAACUAAAUGUGAGUAGUGACACUGUCCAGCAUGGUGUGGAAGGAUUAACAUAUCUCCUCACUGAGAGCUCAAAGCUCAUGAUUUCUGAACUGGAUUUCCAAGACUCUGUUUUUGUUCUGGGAUUCUCUGAAGAAUUGAACAAAUUGUUGCUUCAGCUUUAUCUGGACAACAGAAAGGAGAUCAGAACUAUUCUAAGUGAAUUGGCACCAGACCUUCCCAGUUACCACAGCCUUGAAUGGCGACUAGAUGUACAGCUUGCAAGCAGAAGUCUCAGGCAACAAAUUAAACCAGCAGUGACUAUAAAGCUACACCUUAAUCACAACGGAGGUCACAAUACCAACGUUCUACAGACAGACCCAGCCACCCUGCUCCAUUUGGUUCAACAACUGGAGCAAGCAUUGGAAGAGAUGAAAACAAACCACUGUAGGAGAGUUGUCCGCAACAUCAAGUAGUACCAAUUUUAAGGUUUUAAUCUCUUUGAAUCAUUUAUGAAUUUAUAUACAGCAAUAACUUUUCAAAUUAAUUUUUUAUUGAUGAUAAUGAUAUAUCCAAAUUCCAUGAAAUUUCUUUUUCUAUUCCAGGAUAUUGAGGUCAUAAUCAUAAGCUAACAUAAAGUUUAUUUCCUAGUGGGAAAUGUAGUCAGAUUGACAGAUUAAGAUGUAGUUUGUAUUUUAAAUAUGUAAAUAGGAUUGAAUCAACUAGAAAUGAAUCUAUACUGUUCUUAUCUUCUGCGUAUAUGAAUGGCUAUACUGUUUUUUAUAUUUCUUUUGACUGCUUAAUUUUAUUAUUUUCCUCCAUAUUGCUCAAAAUAAAAUUCACAAUGUAAUGUUAUUACUGUACACAAUUUUCUAAACAGUUUAAUAUUUUUUACUUUUCAAAGCACCCUACAGUCCCAGCUACUUAGGAGGCUGAGGCAGGUGGAUCACUUGAGUCUAGGAGCUUGUGGUCAGCCUGGGCAACAGUGAGACUUCUUCUCAAAAAGAAAAAAAGCAUUCCACAAUGUUAAUAGCUACAGAAUAAUUGAAAGUAAAUAUGAUAACUUUUUUAAUGCUCUGUUGUUAUAGGCAGUUUAUGUAUUUUUCUUUGUAUAUGAAGAUAAUAAGUAUCAUAUUGCUGGAUGCAGGAGUAAUAAUUCUUGAUUAUCUAGGUAUGAAUUACAGUCACUUUUUAAAAUUUUGUUUGAAUAAACUAUAACAGGGAAAAGGAAGUCCAUGUUUAUUACAUUACAAGCAAAUAUUCCUUCUUCCUUACAAACUUGUUUUGUUUUUCACUGGGAACCAAAACUUGAAAAACUCAGGUGCUGAUUUGUCAACCCAGCCUGAAAGAGUGCAGAGACACGAUGGCAGACUUAAGGAGAACUGUUUGGAAGAGUGGAAAUGGAGGUUUAGUCUCAUGUGUAUCUAGGGCUUUAUCCUGAGAGUCUUAUCCCCAUGGAAGGCCUUUAGAACAUCAAACUCUAAAAUGAACUUUAGGCUCUGUCAAUACUUUGUCUCCUAAGAAUUGGAGAUUUUCAUGUCGGAGUGACAUAAUGUUGCUUUCUCUUUAGAAAAGAGAGAGCCUAAAAGGGAACAGGCCAGUGGGAGAAGAGUGCACUUAAAAAGGCCACUCAUUGUCCCCUGCGGGCAUCUGGGACACCCUUUUCUUAUAGGUAUAUGUUCUGUAGUUGUAAAACAACUAUAUUAUCAGAUGUUAGCAGACUGUAAUUAGAAAUAAUUUUUAAUUACAGUGACAACUUGAUUAAUGAAGCUCUCAUAUUUAACAACCUCACAAACAAGAGGACACUUUAUAUAUUACAUGAACUAGUAGCACAUAUGUCAUUUGGAUUUAAAAGCAACAUGCCUGCCAAGAUUAUAUGAUUAGAAAUACCUCUCUGAAGCCUUUUAUUUGUGCACAUUUGAUGGAAGAUAAACAAGACUAAUGCCAGCCAAGACUGAAAUAAUAGCCCUGUGUCUCCUCAGGGCAACCUGCUUUCCACCUCUUUGUCCACUGUUCUUACCCCAAUCAAAACAAGAAGGCAAGUGCUGGUCUUUUUUUAUUUGUAUCAACCUCCCAAGCCUCCUUUCUCUGUACUCCAUUAUUCCUUCUAUAAUGUUCUGCCUUCUUCUCCAGUUUCUCUACCUUCUUUUAGAAUCUGGGGCUCAUCUUUUAGUACAGGCCAUCAAUGAACUGCUUCCUUUUCUUGUUCAGACAUUCCACAUCCUUAUGGAUUUCCUUGUCUUCUUUGUUUUAUAUAAUGUUCAAUAUUUUUGUAGCUUAUAUGAAUAUAAUUUUCUGCAGAUGAAAUCACCUUUCUGCUCUCCAAUAUGACCCAGGUUUCUUGACUCUGAGUAAUGUGCCUUUAUAUCUUUAACUAUCCAAAUUUUUAUUAAAGCUUUUGGGUAUGAGUAU